AUGGCAAUCAGUUUUUUCUUCCGAUUCGGCGCUUAUCAGGCUUGCGCAUGUAGCGAGCAGGAGUUCGACUUGCCCGAUGUGUUCGAGGCUGCAGCCGCUAUGGUGCAAAAAUUGAUGGACAGGCAAAGCGACGAAGAUUUGCGGGACAAAAUUCUUCUCUUUUUCAACACGGAAAACACAGUCGAGGGGUUUAAACCGGUUUACACAGCACAGGAUAUUUCUCAGGGAUGUGUGAUACAAAUUCUAUUGUCCGGUUUUGUGAAAUAUAAAACACUGGUCGCAUAUACGGACGAUCAAAUUUUCGCCAACAGGCCUGUGUUUGGUCUUGAAUGUAUUGUGACUACUCCCACUACAGCCAUUGCCUGUUUUUAA